AGAGAUAACGAUUGGGGGGACGGCGGCGACGAUGCUAUUAAGAAAAUAAUAUUAUUUUCUAUUCGUGUUUAGGCAAACGCCACAGCCGCCGCCGCCGCCGCCGCCGUCGAUCGAUUAUCAUCAUCAUCAUCGUUGAGCGUUUUCAUCAAUAAUAAUAAUAAUAACAAAUAAAUAACUAACCAACUCGAAUAAGUAAUAAUAAUAAUAAUAAUAAUUAUGCGUUUCGUUUUUAAUUAUUGUCGCCGCCGCCGCCGCCGUCGUUCGUUUAACAUAUAAUAUUUCUAAUUUCUAAUUAAUUAUUAAUUGUUAACGUUAAUUGUUGUUGUUCGACGAGCGUCGUCGUCGUCGUCGUCGUACGAGCGAUUCGUAACGUAACGUAGAAAAAAUAAUAAUAAUCAUAAUAAUAAUAGUACAAUGUUUUUUCGGUUAACGUCGUCGCUAGUUUCCCGCCGCCGCCGCCGCCACCGUCGAUCCGUAAUAAUAAUUAUAAUCGAAUUUGUCAUUUUAUUAUUAUUAUUUACUAAUUAAAUAUUCCCGGAAAACUCGGGACAGCACUACACCUACCGUGUGUUUCGGGCGUGCGCCAUGGGAAUAUUGCCGCCGUGCCAUGUAAAUCACAAAACCAAUCGUUUUGUUAUUAAUCAAACGCCGCCGCCGCCGCCGUUGUAGUGGACAUAAUAAAUUUACAUAUAUUAUCAAUCGUUAUUGUUGUUUGUUGUUGUUGUUAUUAAAAAAAACCAAAAGGCAGCUACACUACCAGUAUUAAUUAUAUUGUAAUUAUAAGCGAAAACCAUAUUUUAUAAUAUUCUACAAAACAACAAUAACAACAACGGUCGGAGAGAGCCAAAAAAUUGCACAUAAAGUGAUGGAACGUUCGAUCAAACAUUAAUACUGUCGUCCAAACACUGGCGAUCAUGUCUUCGACGACUAUGUUUAUCGACGGCGGUAACGCCGAAGCUGGCGACGACCCUUCGGACGGCGUUUGCGUGGAACUGCUCGGCGAACCUUUGGCCAAACACGGCUCGUGCACGUUCUACAAAGCCAUGAGAUACAAGACGACGAAAACUAAAGAAGACGCCGAGUCGAACGGCGAUUCUUCUUCUUCACCUUGGAACACUGUGCUGUUGAACAGGUUUUACGCCGUACGGCCGUGGAGCGAUUCCGAUACGAUCUGCAUUGGCGAGCUGGAGCUACUGUGGCAGGACGACGCCGCCAAGGACGGCGACGAAUACGGAGACGAUUCGUCGUCUUCCUCCAACGAAGGCGGCACCAACAAGAGAGGAUGUUCGACGUCCGCCUCGGUCAACGGUCGUCUGCCUAGUAACUAUCACGCUGAACAAUUGGCCAGCCUUAGGCUUUACAUUGUGCCCGAUCAAACGCCCAUGGGUAGAAACAGUACCCACGGAGAGGACGAAGUGUUGGAGAUUACAGACAGAAUAGUGCUGAGAGCCAAGGAUAUGGUCGCGUGGAUUCGCGGCGCCACAAACAACGACAUCGGCGAAAGCUCUGCGCCGAUGACAAAUGCAUACAACAUUCCAUCAAACGGCUGUCGUUCGGUGAAACAAGAGGACCUCGACGAUAAUGUAAAAAAGGAGGCCGCCUUUCCAUCUGAAGUAGACGAUGAAUGCAAACAAGCCACUACUAUGAUCAAGACUGAAACCGAUGUAGAGACUGAUCGACGGGAAUCCAAUGAAGGGAUCUCGCCAGACAAUCAACAAAUAAUACCUCUGCUGGCUUGCGCCAUUAACUACACCGACGUGUUGAAUUACGAUGCUCCGAUUGGAAAUUCCAAUAACAAACAACAAAACGAUUCGUCGUCGACUACUCAGGCGUCAAAUAAUGAUCUCUCAGUUGCCAACUGUUCGACGUCCGAAGAUCUUGUAGUCAUGAGCUACUCGAGGUACUGCCGUUACCGUGCCAUGCUUAAGCGUCUCGAAGAAAUACUCGUACCCGAUGAGAACGCAAAGGAAACGGACAACACUAGCGGCAACACGGUGUUUUCGUCGCUGAAAAACCGAUUGAUCGUCAACUCCCUGGGCGGAGACGAUUUCUACGUCGACGACGGUGCGUCCGACGACAAACAGGAGGAGCAUCGCGGCAACAAAUGUAUUCCUGUCGAUAGAAACAUAAAAAGAGUGUUGUUUUGCCGCGACACUUUCGAUUACCCCGAACUGGAAACACACGAAAUGCUUUGUAAUCAUCUAGCUCCCAAGUUGAAAGGCCCGUCGUUCCGGUGGAACCGUGUGAAAGCCAUGGCCGCCUCAUCGGCUGCUGCUGCAGCAGCUGCCGCCGCAGCCCAACUGUCAUCGGACGACUCGGACGACGAUGACGAGUCACACGUAGAGGGUUCGGAAUCGUCGACUGGAUCGGAAAGUCGUUUCAGCGGUGUUAAGAGAGGAAGACCGUCGGGCAGUUCGAACGGAGCCAACGGUUCCACGACUGUGCAAACCAAGAAAACCAACACGGCUGCACAGUUGGCCGCUGCGGCUAGCAGCCAUGCCAAAAACCUUCAGUACAUUGAACAGAAGUUGAACGGAGUGGCAGCGAUACCAGUGCCGAAACCCGCACCCAGCAGUAGUAAACGACGGAAACUGCAACACCCUCAGCAAAUCAUUCAGCAACAGUACCAGCACCAGUAUCAGAUACAGAGUCAACUGAUACAACAACAGUACCAACAACGGUUCUUGCAGCAACACGGCCAUCAACAACAGAAGUCUCACCACUACUCUUCGUCGUCGACAAUAGCCGAGCACAUGUCGUCCGCCUCCAGAGAGCAACUGGACUUGGUGGACGCGCUGAGACAAGGCGGCCUGGAAGUGACGCCCAUAGUGGUGCACAACAACCCGGAAGCCGGCGGCCGUUCGUCCAACAGCGGCGUCCGGCGACGGUACAGCAACAGCAGUAGCAACUGUACGUUCGACGGCGAAGACAACGACAACGAAGACGACGAAGUCAACAUCAUUACCGUCACGCCGGACGUGGUUUGCAUUCUGAACAAGCCGGACAGCGGCAAUUCGCCCGUUAACUUUUCUACGACCUCUGGCGGCAACAACAAUACCGUGACCGGGCCGAUGAAGAAAAAGAACCCGGCGGCCAACGUAGAGUGUCCGACGUUGCCAUCGGAAACGUCCAUCACUCCCUCAUCGAACGUGGGCGGCGGUGGAGGCGACAACAGGACCAUGCAGUUGCACAGAAAAAUCAACCAGGCCAUCGAUUCGCUCAAAGAACAAAUCCAAGAAAACAACAACGGAUCCGUUUCCAACACGGCUUACGGCAGAAACCGACCGUUACCCCAACGCUUGUCCAACGGUGGUAAUUGUGCCAUGUCCGAUUCGAACGCGGCUACCAAUUGGCUGUUGAACAACGACAACAUAACCGUUGCGGUGUUGAACUCGUCGGCCGCACCGAGUUCCUCCAACCGAGCCAGAGGUGCCAGUCCCUCCGGCGGCCGGUCGUACCAGAGUCAAGUGCUCGAUUUGACGAGCAAUCAUCGCCGGAACAGCGGCAGCAGCGCCACCUCCCAUCAUCAUAACUCGGCGGCGGUCAGCUCGUCCGGACCCAUCGACUUGGCGAUGAACAAGCCUAAUCGCGCGCCAUCGAUACAACAACAACACCACCAAUCGCACAACCAGCAGCAGCAGCAGCAGCAACACCAUCAUCAUAACGUGGGAUCCAACUUGGAGAUCACCAUCGUCCCGUCGGUGACCACCUCCCAUCACCUUCUCAAUCAUGGUGCGACGACGACGGCGUCGUCGAGACAACAGAUCUACACGAACCCGACGGCCGCCAAACCCUCGUUGACGGUCCGCCAACAGUUGCAGCAGCGCAGCGCGGGCGCCGUGGCCGCCCAGCCGGCCAACAGUGGCGGCGGCAACAACCGCGAAAGGAGUAGAACAAAACAACAGGCGGCGGCAGCGGCCAGUCGACAGAAUCAGAACAUGUCGAACAUAUCGGCGUCCACCACCGCGGCGAUGUUACAACAAGAGUAUCUGAACAACCUGUACGGUCAGAUGUUGCAGCAACGGCAGUCGUUCGAGGCUCUGGCCGCCGCGUUCAACACUCCGCAUCAACAACAACAGUUGUUCUUGUUGGCGGCCGCCGCCCAACAGGCCCGGCAGCAGGCCCAGUCCCAGCAAAACAAAAACAACAACAACCGAGGAGUAAACAAAGACUAAUAAAAAAAAAUUAAUAUAUAUAUAUAUUUAAAAAAAAUAUAAUAUUAAUAAUAAUAAUAAUAUGUAAUUUUUAUCUUUUGUAAAUCGUACUUUA